GACACAGGCCAAAUGUUUUCAAUAUCACGAUAAUGAGCCUUUGACACGAAAUGACGAAUUCUAAGUGUUAUCAACAGAAGCUAUGUGUGACCCUACCCUUAUGAUAGUGAAAUCGUCAGGAAUAAGAUACGGUACCAAAAGGUGAGGCCUUAAGUUCGUGCCUUACUCUUCUUUCAAACCUGUCCAUGUCUCUGUCCUUAGUGCCAAUAUUUUCCUAGAUCCUAGUCCUAGAAUAGUCAGGUGGAUGUUGCCACGAUGUCCUUAUGGGUGGGUCGGGAGUGUGGGGGAAGAGUGGCCCCCAUCGCGACGGUGCUGUCGGCUAAUACCUCCAUGGAGUCUGGUAUCGAAGCGGGCGUGGUGCCGACUGUUACUGGCUCUCUGGCGUCCGCCGGAGACUCCCUGGGUUCUCUGUCGAGAGCGGCGGAGCCCACGUAUGACACAGACCAUACGGACCUCGGCUCGGAGCUGGACGAAGCGGAGAUUAGGAGGGAGUUGAUGCAUGACAAAUGGCGCCUCCUGUUUGACAGGUUCGACCCCGAGGGUUUCGGCGAAAUCCCAUGGCCGGACUUUGUCCAGACGCUGCAGCAUCCGGACUUUGUGGCGCAGGUCCCCAUACACAAACGAGAGAUCCUGUUGGAUAAAGCAAAGAGUGCGACGAGCGACGCCAUCACGUUUCAGGAGUUCGUUAAUAUUAUGAGCGGCAAACGAACACGCAGCUAUAGAUGCGCGGUGCACCAGAGGGACCGCGAGGUCAGUUCUGAGAACGAUUUCCAUCUGCUUCUAGAAGAUCCUACAUUUUUCGCCAAAAUGGUUCACUUAGUGGCGAUGGAAGUGUUGCCCGAGGAGAGGGACCGCAAGUACUACCAGGAGAGGUACACGUGCUGCCCGCCCCCACUCUUCAUCAUAUUCGUCACAUUAUUAGAGCUGGGCGUGUUUGCGUGGUACGCGUGGGGCGGCGUGGCGGCGGCGGGGCCUGUGCCGGUGGACUCGCCGCUGGUGUACCGGCCGGACCGGCGGCGCGAGCUGUGGCGCUUCCUCACGUAUAGCGUGGUGCAUGCCGGCUGGCUACACCUGGUGUUUAACCUGCUGGUGCAGUUGGCGGUGGGUCUGCCGCUGGAGAUGGUGCACGGCGCGGCGCGGUGCGGGGCGGUGUACGCGGCGGGCGUGCUCGGGGGUUCCCUGGCGGCGUCCGUGUUGGACCCCGACGUGUGUCUCGCGGGCGCAUCGGGCGGCGUAUACGCGCUGUUAGCCGCUCACCUCGCCAACGCGCUGCUCAACUUCCACGCGAUGCGCUACGGCGCGGUGCGUUUGGUUGCGGCGUUGGCGGUCGCGAGUUGCGACGUUGGGUUCGCGGUGCACGCGAGGUAUACGAAGGAAGCACCACCCGUGUCGUACGCGGCGCAUGUGGCCGGCGCGCUGGCGGGGCUGACCAUUGGGUUACUCGUUCUGAAGCACGCGCAGCAGCGUCUCUGGGAGCGGCUGCUGUGGUGGGCAGCGUUAGGCGCCUACGCCGCGUGCACCCUCUUCGCGGUGCUCUACAACAUAUUCAGUGGGCCCGUCGACGAGCUCCACUACAUGCCGCCCGACCCGCCGCCCGACGCCGGCUUCUGAUUGGCCAGUAUUACAUCAACUCGAUAUUGUCUAUGGUCUUACCGCGUACGAUUUAAUUUUGAAAUGUUCCAUUUUUUCAAAUGAGUCGAUUUUUUGUUAAUUCCAUUAUUUGAAUGUUCGGAUAUUUUUUUACACUAACUAGUCUGCGAAUCUUUUUGUUUCAAACGUUGCAACGAAUCACAGCCUAAAGCCAAUUCGAGUUGAUAUUGUAAAAGACAUCAGUAUAUGUAAACGAAUCAAAGACUUGAUUAUUUGUCGCAUUCGUGGCGGCUUAGCGUUUUGUUUGUGAUAUGCCUGGCGCAUUCUCGCUAAGCCGCGGCCCGCGACGGUCACUGUAACAUCGUGACGGACUCACAACACGCCUAGUCAAUUUACCUUAGUGUGAUACGCGUAAGUAGAAUUAAUUGAGGGUUGGAACUGCACUACUGGCUACCCUUAUUGCCGAUAUCACCAACGCCUGUUGAAUUCUAAAAUAUCGUCGUACCUGUCGUUCUUCGUAUUUAUGAAAGAGAUGCAUGAUAUGCAAGCAAUUGACAGGCGUUGGUGAAGUUGGAUUGUAUUACUCAUCGUUUCGCAGGAACUUAAACUGUAUAAUAACCAGUGUGUUAACGAAAAACUUUAUUAGCAGAGUUUAAUGGUACUUGGUUUCAUUAGUUCCUGCAAAACGAAUGUGUACUUUAGUUUGGGCGCGAUGUUACGUCAAUGUGACAUUAUUUUUUUUUGCUGAUUUAUUAUCUGUGAAACAUCGCGCCAGAAUACGUUUUACAGUUUCUGUUAUUUCGAAUUACGAUUGUAAUAUUCCGUUGAGAUUGUCAUUGCAUUGUUAUUGCUCUAAACAGCCCUCGCUUUACUUAAUUGUUAAGUAGUGUUAAUUGUAUAAUAGGUAAACUAUUUUUGUACCUAACACCUGCGUCCGUAGAAUAGGUUAAAGGCGUUACCGCGACACAGUAUAUUCUGAAUUCUGGGCUCAACUGAAAACUAUGUAACAUUUCGUUUAGCAUGUCUAAUGCCAUAAUUUUUAUUUUACUGAGAGCUGGCAAGUGGCAGUGCAUUGGUAAUAUCGUUUUAAAAUAUAUUUAAGUUUUUUUUAACUAUCAGAUUCUUUUGUGAAUAUUAUAUAGAGUUCAGUUGAAGACCAGAAUUAUGCCCAGCACACCAAAGAUUAGAAUAAAAUGGCGUCCACAAUUAAGGGCAAUUUUUUCAUCCUUGCAACCACAGAGUACUAUAAUACUGUUGCAACUAUCCUUCCUCAAAAAUAAUAUUAUGAUUUUUUGUACCGUUUCUAUGUUGCGUCGAUUGCUCAAUGGCAAUUUGAAGAUUAUGCUCAAAUUUUAAAUCUCGCAUCUGCCACUUAAUUGAUGUGAACUGUACAAAUAAGAUUUUCAUACUGCCAAAAAAAAUGGGAAAAACGUUGUGCUGGUAACACUCAGCUUUUCCCCGGGAUUCCCAGUUAAGCGGCAGAUGCGAUCGCGCGGUGUCGGUUAAUUCGUCCAAGUGAAUGUUGGUACCCGCAGGUACAUCGUAUGGCAACACCUUACUACUCACUAGUAAAUAAUUAUUAUAUGUGCCUGAUUCCUAUUAUUAUUGUAAUGUUGAUUUUAAUUGUAUGAAUCAAAUAUUGUCACAAAACCGACUGAUUUUUUUGUAUAAAUUAUUCCAGUGUAUUCAUUAAUUUAUUUUAAAAAUUAUUUUAAG